CAAUCUUGAUUCUGUUUUAGUUUAGCUUUAGCCUCUUUUCGUUCACCACGAUUCGCGUUAAUAAUUAAUAAGGGUUUUAUUUUUUUGAACCCUUAUUAUCUUCCCGCGAAUUCGCGAAAACGAAAAUUCUACACGUAAUUUCAAGUUUAUUACUUAGAAAACAAAUAUUUAAUUAAAUAAAUAUAUUAACAUUUAUCAGUGAUAAACGGUGAUGAUUUGAACGGAGUAGAAAAAAACUGGUAUUAUUAUUUUUUUUUUUAAUACAAAAGUGAUUUUUUGAGUCCAAAAAUAUAAGGAGGAUAUACGAACUGAAUGGAUUUAUCUUUCAGUGUAAAAUCAGUGUUUUUUUGGAUCAAUAAUUUGGCAGUUUUUUUUUUAAUUAACUAAAUGACAGGGCAAAAAUGGUCUCACACUUAGUUUCAGUACCUGGGGAGAUGCAACAAGGAAAUGGCAAUCUCAGUCCUUCGGCUCUCUGCAUGCUGCAGGAUUCACUUCGUGCCGUUAAAAUAAAACAGGAACCGCAGCAGCUGUCUCCCACUUUAGCAUAUUCGUCUAUUCAUCAAGUGAACAACUUCGUUCUGGAACUACAGUCAAACAAUUGUAUGAAUACAACAAUAAAAAGUCCAGAUUCUCCAAUUGGAAGUCUAUCAAAAUCGUCACUAAAUUCCCAUCACAUUCAUCAGGCAAAUCACAAUAGUCACAAUCACAAUAAUUUAAUGAGUUCUUCGACAAAAUCUCUCGAUUCAUCGAUUGGAAAUUUGACGAAAUCUUUGAAUACCCAGCAACAACAACAACACUCGACAAUUAUUCAUCAGAAUAAUCACAGUCAUAGUAAUGCAUCGUCAACUGAAUUAUCAGUUCUCUCGUCGAACUCAAGUCACUCGAGUAGUCAUCAUAGUAAAUUGAAGGAAAAAGACAUAAGUUUAGCGAGUGGCAAUGGGAAUAAUAGUCAAUCGUUAUCGAGUGCUGCAUCGACGAUACAGACAAACGACACGGACUCGAGUGUUUCGGGUUCGAACUCAACGGCAUCGGCGACAUCAUCAUCUUCGACGACGACCAAACCGCCAUACAGUUAUGUGGCGUUGAUUGCAAUGGCCAUUAAGAGCAGUCCCCAUCAACGGGCGACUUUGAGUGAAAUUUAUUCGUAUAUUACGACGAAUUUCCCUUAUUACAUGAAUAAUAAGAAGGGAUGGCAGAAUUCGAUUAGACAUAAUUUGUCGUUGAAUGAGUGUUUUGUUAAGGUGCCGAGGGAAGGUGGUGCUGAGAGAAAGGGCAAUUUUUGGACACUUGAUCCUUCGUGUGAAGACAUGUUCGAACAUGGGAAUUAUCGUAGACGAAGGCGCAUGAAGCGACCGUAUAGAAAUACUUCAUAUCAUCCAAAGAGUUUGUUUAGUGAUCCUUAUUCGACGAGUCAUGUUCAUUUGAGUGCAACUAGAAAUCUUUUCGCCCAUUCACCACCCUCUUAUGCCCCUCCAUAUCCUCGCUAUGACACCAGCUCCUGGCAACCGCAAUUUUCCAGCUAUUCACAUUGUCAAGCGCUGCAGCAACAAUUGCAGCCAAUGCAGUCAAUGCAGAUUCCAUCGAUGAAUGGCUACGGACAAUUGAGUUCAUCGUUAGCGUUUCAAGGGAAUUACCUCGAUGUUCCAGGCAGUGCAACGGGCUCGCCAGUUUCAAUGAGUGGAAGUUCAUUUGGUAGCAAUUUCUCCACGUGCGGAAGAAGGUACGAUACGAGUGCCUCCGUCGCCGCCGAUUCCAUGUCCUCCAGAUAUCCCUCCUACUGGUCCGAAGUCAUAAAAGAAGAACCGGGAAGUACGACAGUAUCGCCGAGUGGAAUGUCACCGCCGCUUGGUGUUGUAUCAAAUAUGGUAGGAUCAGUCUCAUCACCAUUUGUCGAUAGUAACAAACGCUUAUACUAAUAUAAAUAGAAGAGAGAAUGAGAGGGAGAGAAAGAAAGAAAGAAAGAGAGAAAGAAAAAAAAUAAUACAGGUACGUCGGAAAUAUUAUCUAAUUAUUAUUAUUUAAAAUAUCAUCUUCCAAACUAUCACAAUUGUUAAAAAGUAAAAAGAAAAUCUUAUUUUAAGAAAAACGUUUCAUUAAAAAUUAACUGAGUCUCGAAUAUUUAUUAGCUUGAAUUGAAAUUUAAUUAAAUGGAAAAACUAAAUUUAAAAAUUGGUAAAUUCAAAUUUUAAAAAAUAAAUUCAA